AUGCGACUUCGCGGUGUGUUUCGUGCAGCCAAGCUGCCCAACGGACAACGCGCCAUUGGCACAAAAUGGGUGUUCAAGAUCAAGCGCAAGGCGGAUGGGUCGAUCGAGAAGUACAAGGCAAGUCUCGUGGCAAAGGGCUUUCUCCAGAAGUAUGGAAUCGACUACACGGAGACGUUUUCGCCCGUGGUCAAGUAUGUGACGCUGCGAAUGGUGAUCGCAAUUUCCAAGCAUUUUGGAUGGCCCAUCGACCAGCUUGAUGUGGUGACAGCUUUCCUGUAUGGCGUCAUGAAGGAACAAGUGUUCUGCGUGAUUCCUGAAGGCGUCGAACUUGACAUGUCAGGCUUCGACCCAUGUCUCUACAUCAAGACUUCGGACGGCCAUUGCGUGUUUAUACUGGUCUACGUGGACGACGUCUUGGUGACUGGAAGCUCGCUCGAGCUGAUUGCACAAACCAAGAACGACCUGAAGACGCGGUUCGAAAUGACGGACAGCGGCAAGUGUGCGUUUGUUCUUGGGAUCGAGCUUUUGGACGAUGAAGAUGGCAGUGUGACACUAUGUCAGCGUCGGUAUGUCGAUGAUAUCCUCAAGCGCUUUGGCAUGGAUGAUUGCAAGGCAGUCGCAAGUCCAGUCGACAUGAGCUCUCGACUUGUUUCAAGUGAUGCAACUACCAAGGUCGAUGCUCCUUUUCGCGAAGCUGUUGGUGCGUUGAUGCACCUGACCACUGCAACGCGUCCGGACAUUGCGUUUGCUGUGGGCUAUGUGUCGCGGUUCAUGGAAAAUCCCCAAGAAGAACACUGGGUUGCAGUUAAGCGUAUCUUUCGCUACCUACAAGGCACCAAGACGCAUGGAAUUUGCUACAAGCCAAGUGCAAGGAUCGACUUCCGUGGAUAUUCGGAUGCGGAUUGGACUGGUGAUCUUACCGACCGCAAGUCAACAUCGGGGUACACGUUCAUGCUACUCGGUGCGCCAUGA